CCCCCUAGCCUCUCCUAAUGAGGCAUAAACUGGAGCUGCAACCCUGCUCCGCACUGCAACUUUCAUUCGGGCUGCAGCUCUGCUGAGACGGUUUUGUUUUAAAUCAUGUGAGGCUUCAUUAUUUUUAUGAUGAGACAUGAAAUAGAUGCAGGCGGAAGAUAUUGAUGGAAGGAGAAAGAGCGGCUGCGGCGCGGAACGUCUCAAGUAUACAAAUGCUCUCAGUCCAGCCAGACACCAAGCCGAAAGGUUGUGCUGGCUGCAACCGAAAGAUCAAGGACCGGUAUCUUCUAAAGGCACUGGACAAAUAUUGGCAUGAAGACUGUCUGAAGUGUGCCUGCUGUGACUGUCGUUUGGGAGAAGUGGGCUCCACCCUGUACACUAAAGCUAAUCUUAUCCUUUGUCGCAGAGACUAUCUGAGGCUCUUCGGUGUAACGGGAAACUGUGCUGCUUGUAGUAAGCUCAUCCCUGCCUUUGAGAUGGUGAUGCGUGCCAAGGACAAUGUUUACCACCUGGACUGCUUUGCAUGUCAGCUUUGUAAUCAGAGAUUUUGUGUUGGAGACAAAUUUUUCCUAAAGAAUAACAUGAUCCUUUGCCAGACAGACUACGAGGAAGGUUUAAUGAAAGAAGGCUAUGCACCCCAGGUUCGCUGAUCUAUCAACAUCACCCCAUUAAGAAUAUAAAGCACUACAUUCUUUUAUCUUUUUUGCUCCACGUGUACAUAAGAAUUGACACAGGAACCUACUGAAUAGCGUAGAUAUAGGAAAGCAGGAUGGUUAUAUGGCAUAAAGGCGGACUGCAUCUGUAUGUAGUGAAAUUGCCCCAGUUCAGAGUUGAAUGUUUAUUAUUAAAGAAAAAAGUAAUGUACAUAUUGCUGGAUUUUUUUGCUUGCUAUUCGUUUUUGUGUCACUUGGCAUGAGAUGUUUAUUUUGGACAGUUGUAUAUAAUGUAUUGUAAUAUUUGAAGCACAAAUGUAAUACAGUUUUAUUGUGUUACCAUUUGUGUUCUGUUUGCUUCUUUGUAUUGUUGCAUUUAGUACAAUCAGUGUUUAAACUUACUGUAUAUUUAUGCUUUCUGUAUCUACCAGCUAUUUUAAAUGAGCUGUAACUUUCUAGUAAAGAAUUGAAGAGGAAAUCUCACUAAUGAUACACAUAUAGAUGAAGCAAGUCUAUCAGCAUUAAAAAUACUAAAAAAUAAAGACACAUACACACAAAGCAUUUUAGAAACAUCCACAACUUAUUGUCACUAGGAUAUAAAGUCUAUCAGUGUUCUCAUUAUAGCCCCCUAUUUUCAGGGGGUUAAAGAUCAGCUUUAAAAAAAAAUGCUUACAAUUUUCAUCUUAAAGCACUUUCAUUUUAUACCAGUUUGAAAAGUGCCAUUUUGAGAAUAACUUUCAUGCAUAGCAGUUGUCCUUUCAAUAUGCUUUUUUUUGUACUCUUUAACUACACAUUGGCUUUAUUUUUCUUUUUGUUUUACAGCCAUUCAACCCUUAUGUGAACUAGUG